UUUCUUUUCCUCUUCAUCUUUCGAGCUUGAGGAAGCUCUCUUCCGUCAAACCUCCAACCUCCAAUAAUCCACAAUCAGUGACUAGAAAUGCCCCCAUCCACCACCAAACAUCACCUGGUCCAUCAUUAAUAGCUUUAUGCCACUCAACAAUCAUCAUGGAAGCUUAACUCUAUAAUCGCCUUCUCAAUUCCUUUUCCCCUGCUUCUUCUCCAACCAAAGGCAACCAUCACUGAAGGCUAAAGAUUGAAGGCCAUCGGCCAUCGCAGUAGAACCUGUGCAGGCACGACCGCUCAGGCGUGAUAGUUGUAGCAGGAGUUGAUUUCAACUCGUUCCAAGGUGGUUGAGAGUGUGCUAUUUUAGGGUUUUGUUCUUUCUUUCACGAAUUAAGAAUCUGAGCCGGCUAAGGUUGCUGCUUUGGCGUUCUGUUACAUGAUGUUACUCUGAUUUGUUAUUGUUCGCCCCUACCAAUUACCAUUAGGCAUACUGACAGAAGUUUGUUGCUGUGAGAUCCCAUCAGGAUUUGCUCAAAAUUGCUAGAAUCUUACUGAACUGCCUUAUGAAAGUGUAGUGUAAAUCAUUAGUGAAAAAAGCAUGAUUUAGGGAAGUUGUGUGGGCAAGGGAUGUAUAUGUUGUCGUUGCUGCUAUCUCUUUGUGGGCCGAACAAACCAAUCCCCCCAAACCUUGUGUUUUGUGGGCAAUAUUUGUUAACUUUGUCCUGUAAUCUCUAGGAUUACCAACUCAUUGUUGAGUUGUAUGCACUUUCUUCCCCUAAUUUCUCCAGUUAACCCUUUCAUUCUUUUACCUCUUAGAUUAAGAUUGAUCUAAUAUAUAGUGUUUUUAUUUAUUAUACAGAUGGAUAGAGAGGUUCCUACCAUGAAUGAAGGGGACAUAGCUACUGCUACAGAGAGUAGGGGUGAAAUCGAACCGAAUUCUGCUGUUGUUGGCACUAUUCUACAUUGUGAGAAGAAGUAAAAAUGCUGGUGGAACAGUAUUAAAGCAUGAAUUUUUGCACCUUAGGUGUUCUGCUCACAUCUUGAAUUUGAUUUUACAAGAGGGAAUGAAAGAAUUGGAUGAUUCAGUCAUUAAAAUUAGAAAUGCUGUGAGAUGGAAUUCAACAUAUGUGAUGUUGAGAGCAAGUCUUGCUCCAAGAAUGGUUGAGGCACUUGUGUGUACUCAAAAUUGGUUGCGUUCAAAGCCACUUAUAAAUGACUCAGAGGCUGUUCCACUCGAUGCUCUUUCAGAUCCAAAUGAAGAUCAAGCUAAUGACUUCUUGGAUUCAAGUCCAUUCAUAUUGACUGAAGAUGAUGGACUUAUUAUUGAUGCCUAGAUAGUAAAUGGUGAUUAGAUGGUUUAAUUUUAUAGAACUUUUAUUCAAGUUCGUUCAUUUACUAAUACUAAUAUAUAUGUUGCUUUACAAAUUUUGUAGGAGCUCUUUUGUACAUUAACAUUGCUGCUGCUGUAAAGCUUAAGUGAAGAUGCUGCUGUAUAGUUUAAUUGAAGACGGGAAGAUAUCAUGUACUUUUGUAAAUGCAACAUUCUUCUAAUGAUGGAAGAGUAUUAAACUCUUUUAGUAUUGGCUGCUAAAAUUGCCAGGUUUUUGAGAUGCAAACAGCAGUUGAUGUUUAUUUAGUCUCCCUUUAUGUGUUCUAAUAGGAAUGAUGUAUUGAAGAUACUAUUUGGAGGAGGAUGUCUAGUUUAUUAUGAAUCAUGUAUUGUUGCUAUAAGUUACAGAUGUAUCUUUGUUAAAUUGAAGGAAAAAGUGAAACAGGAGAAUGCCAAAAUUUUACUAAAUUGAAGCAGGUGAU